AUGAUGUCUGGAAGUCCUUUUGGGGAUUCUAGUUUGGACCAGUCCAACAUGAUGGAUAGUGAUUUGAAGAUUGAAACCAGUCCCACUGGGGAUCCACACUUCACUUUCAUCCGAGCAAAUAGCACUGGCUCCCUUGCAGCUGGAUGUGCUUCCUCAGCUUCUUCAGCCCACAAUACUGAUGAUGAAGACAGUGACAACAGAACAAUGAUGAGUUACAAAGAUCGAAGGCGAGAAGCUCAUACCCAAGCUGAGCAGAAACGAAGGGAUGCCAUAAAGAAAGGUUAUGAUGAACUGCAAAUGAUUGUUCCUAAAUGCCAGCAACCUGACAGUUUGGGUUCCCAAAAACUCAGUAAAGCCACUGUGUUACAGAAAUCAAUUGACUACAUUGGUUACUUAGUGGAUCAGAAAUCCAAACAGGAAGUUGCUCUGGACAAUCUCAGGAAAGAAGUGAUGGCUCUGAAAAUCAUGAAAGCAAAUUAUGAACAUAUUGUAAAGACACAUCAGAACACUCCACAAGCAGGACAGAAUCAAGUUUCAGAUGAAGUGAAAUUUCAAGUUUUCAAGCAAGUGAUGGAUUCCUUAUUUACUUCUUUUGUGUCUACUGUGUCUGUGGCCAAUUUUGCUGAAUUAUCAGGAUGUGUUUUCAGUUGGUUGGAAGAAUAUUGCAAACCAAAAAAUUUAAAAGAACUUGUAGUUGGAGUUCUUCAACAGAUCAGCAACCAACCAAACUUGAACCAGUAG